CACCGCGUAGCGUGUUCCGUACAAUGUGUACGGAAGUGUUACUAUUACUAUACUGCUUCUAGCCUCUGCUGCUGUUCUACAAAUUGUGCAACACUUGUUCAUUAGGAAUAAGGCCCUAUUGUUAUCAAUUUUCAGGCAGCCACCCCUGACAGUUUUUACACUAUGACUCUAUAAUGAUUUGUCUUCGUAGAAAGCACCGGAAAAGUUGUCAAAUUCAGGCUUGACCAAUAUUUAAAGCGAGUCAGAGGAAGUCCAAUAUGAGUUCUCAGGAUGUACUGAAGAAUGCGUCAACUCUAGCAUCGUAUAAUGUGUUGCUACAGGUGAUGUUUCGUGUCUUCACUUUCUUGCUGAAUGCAUUCACACUGCGGUUUGUUUCCAAAGAGCUGAUUGGUGUGGUCAACGUCAGGCUUACACUACUGUACUCCACAUUAGUAUUUUUAUCCAGAGAAGCUUUCCGGAGAGCCUGUCUGAGUGGGGUAUCGGGGACGAACCACAGCUGGAGACAAAUAAUCAACCUUCUAUGGCUGACGUUGCCUCUGGGUGUGUUAUGGGCAGCCCUGCUUGUUUGUGUGUGGCUGUGGCUCCUAGAGGUCCCAGACCCCCAGACUAUCCCGUACUACGGCCCUGCAGUGGUGUUGUUUGCUUUGUCAGGAGUACAGGAGCUCCUGGCUGAGCCCCUCUGGGUCCUAGCUCAAGCUCACAUGUUUGUCAGACUGAAGGUGGUCGCUGAGAGCUUAGCAAUGAUUGCUAAGUGCAGUAUAACCGUGGUGCUGGUGGUGUUUGCACGUGAAUGGGGCCUUUACAUCUUCUCUGCUGCUCAUUUGGUGUACACAGGAUCCGUGGUGCUGUGCUACGCUGUUUACUUCAUUCGUUUCUUGGGCUCUAAAGAGGCAGCCGAGAAGGGUUUUCCUCUGCACUGUGUUGGAGAUCUCUUGCCCUGUAGAGCUGAUGGAGAGCCGCUGGUUGAUUGGACUCUGGCACGGCUCACAUGGAGCUUCUUCAAGCAGUCCUUUCUGAAGCAGAUCCUGACGGAGGGUGAGCGCUACGUCAUGACCUUCUUGAACGUCCUCAGCUUUGGAGACCAGGGAGUUUAUGAUAUUGUCAAUAAUCUGGGCUCCAUGGUGGCUCGCUUCAUCUUCUUGCCUAUCGAGGAAAGCUUCUACAUCUUCUUUGCCAAAGUGCUGCAGCGAGGACGUGAUGUCAAAAGUCAGAAAAGGGAAGACAUUGCUAUUGCAGCAGAGGUCCUGGAGUGUCUGCUGAAACUGGUGCUGGUGGUUGGUCUGAUCAUCUCAGUGUUUGGCUACGCCUAUUCUCACUUGGCUCUGGACAUUUAUGGCGGCUCUCUACUUAGCAGUGGGGCAGGGCCCACUUUGCUGCGAUGCUACAGCUGCUAUGUUCUGCUGCUCGCUGUAAAUGGUGUAACAGAGUGCUUUGUAUUUGCUGCUAUGAGCCAAGAAGAAGUUGACAAGUAUAACUUGGUGAUGCUGGCUCUCUCUGUGUCUUUCCUGUUCCUGUCCUACAUGCUGACCUGGUGGUCUGGCAGUGUUGGCUUCAUACUAGCAAACUGCCUUAACAUGGGCCUCCGCAUCUUACACAGCCUGCUUUACAUACACCAAUACUUCCAGUCCAGUCAAUGGAAACCUCUGCGAGGCCUGUUGCCCUCCCCGUUCCUACUACUGGCACUUGCUGUCAGUGGCGUUGUCACAGCGCUGUCUGAGGGUGUGUUCUGCUGUGACGGCGGCUGGUCGCUAAGGCUGGUACAUAUCGGUGUAGGAGCAACGUGUCUGCUUGGUGUGUUUGUGGCGAUACUUCUCACAGAGACUCGGCUCAUUCAGUUCAUAAGGACUCAGCUCUUGCCCCAAUACAGAAAGAAACACACUUAAAUUAGACUGGAUAUUGGUGAACUGGACUGGAAAAAAGAUUCUGUUGCACAACAAACGUUCUAACGAGAGCUGCUGAUUGACAGUUACUGACUGAGUGAAAGCAUCGAGGGAACAACUUUUUUUAAUUGACCUCGUGUGUGUGUGUGUGUGUGUGUGUGUGUGUGUGUGUGUGUGUGUGUGUGUGUGUGUGUGUGUGUGUGUGUGUGUGUGUGUGUGUGUGUGUGUGUGUGUGUGUGUGUGUGUGUGUGUGUGUGUGUGAUGCUGAUAUGUUUUCACUUGAUAAUUCCUGUGUUUGCUUAAACAAGUAUGAACAAACAUGUCAUGACUGUUUUUGGCCGAUAAAGAAAUGAAUGUAUUUUAAGAAAACAGUUGAAUUUGUUACUGGAAUAGAUUGCAAUACAUGAUAAUACAAGACCAACACAUUCAUGUUUGUGGUGUCAUAAUUCAUUUAAUGUAAAAAUAUGAAUUUAUAAACUAAGCAGUCAGGUUUAAAAAAAAAAAUUCUGUUUCAGACUCCACAAACAAAGCAUAAUGGUGCAUCUCCGCUUGAAGUUUGUUAAUUAUAUUUAAUUGUUAUUGUAAAAUGUUUGGUGACAAUUGGGGGAGCAUAGACUUUCAACAGCACGGGUUUGCACUCUACGUCUGCACCAGCUUUUUGACAUAUUUUACUUUAUGGGUUUCAGUUCAGAGAUUAUCUGACAUGUUGCUUGGAAACACUUGUUAUUUGUUUGUCCUUCCUUUAUACUUAUCGCCACUGAGGUCUAAAUAAUGAUGUCAUUUUGGAUAAUGAGCAGGUAGGGAGUGGAACAGCAUUGUUCUCCUCACAGCUCCUUUUUUUCAGGCAUAGUAUAAAGUUUGUUGUGAAGUUUGAUAGACUACUUAUCUAGUGGGCCAUAUCUUUUGAACUUUGAGUCCCAUGUAUGUGGCUUGCUUAUUACCGGGGGGAGGAAACACAGACAGGAAUUUGUCAUAUUCUUACAUCACUGGGAUUUCUUUAGGGACAUGUAAUGCCACAAGUUGUAG